AGGAACCCACCACUUCCGGUCCUUCCUACAAACACACAUGGGAAGCUAGUCGCUAGCUCAGUAAACAACACAAAGAGUGGUAAUAAACACCACUGAAGAUGGUGCAGCUCAGUAGGAUUUGCUUCCGGAAGUAUGGAAACUUUGUGGAUAACCUCCGUCUGUACGCCCGCGGAGGCAGUGGGGGCAUGGGUUUACCCCGUCUUGGGGGACGGGGGGGAAACGGGGGAGAUGUUUGGGUGGUGGCUACAAAGAACAUAACCUUAAAGAGGAUCAAGGACAAGUACCCGCACAAACGUUUUGUAGCUGGAGCAGGAGCCAACAGCAGUGUCCAUGCUCUGAGAGGAGAGAGGGGGGAGGACAAGGAGAUCUUGGCUCCUGUUGGUAUCACAGUCACCACUGAUGAUGGCAAAGUAAUUGGUGACCUGAAUGCUGACGGUGAUCGUCUAAUGGUGGCAAAAGGAGGACCCGGAGGCUCCUUCCACUCUGGGUUUGAACCCAGGAAGGGCAAGGCCAAACACAUAAGGCUGGACCUCAAACUCAUCGCUGACCUGGGCCUCGUUGGGUUCCCAAAUGCAGGAAAGUCCUCUCUUCUGACAGCCUUGUCUAACGCCACCCCUCAGAUUGCCAACUACGCCUUCACAACUUUGAAGCCGGAGAUUGGAAAACUGAUGUAUAGCGAUCAUAAGCAGAUUUCUGUUGCUGAUCUCCCCGGCCUGAUUGAGGGAGCUCACAUGAACAAAGGCAUGGGCCAUAAGUUCCUAAAACAUGUGGAGAGGACCAAGCAGCUGCUGUUUGUGGUAGAUGUUUGCGGUUUCCAGCUGGCAAGUAAAACACCGUUUAGGUCGGCUUUUGAAGCUGUUCAACUUCUUACCAAGGAGUUGGAGUUGUACAAAGAGGAGCUUGUAUCGAAGCCUGCUUUACUGGUGGUGAAUAAGAUGGACCUGCCUGACGCUGAGGACAAACUAGCAGAGCUGACGGAGCAACUACAAAAUCCAGAUGAGUUCUGCGAUCUGUUGCCUGAUGACAUGAUACCGAAGAACUAUAUGACCUUCAGACACGUGGUUCCUGUCUCUGCCGCCAAUGGAUUUGGUAUGGAACAUUUGAAAACUUGCAUCCGAGAAUCAAUUGAUGAAGAUGCAGAAAUGACAAGUAAAGCCACCCAUCAGCAUAGACUGCAGGCACUGAGGCUCCACUCACUGAAGCAUAUGUGAUGAACACGGACAACAUGUCACAAAUUCCAGUGGGACCUACAGAGAAAACACCUGUGACAACAGAAUGCUGUUUCAGUGCAGACCGGUCAAUGGAAGUCUCACUGACCGCCACAGCCAAAACAUCCAAUGUCACGAGGCUUCACGAGUUGGACUGUGCUUCAAAUUGUUUGCCUGUUUGGUCUGAGCUUUUCAAAAUCGAAGCAGAAAUGGAUUUUAGAGGGGAAAAAUUCAGAUUAUCAAUAUAGCAGCUGAUAUAGUGAAUUUUUAAGCUGGAAUGAAAACAGACCGAUUUUGCACCGAUAGGACUAUUCAAAGGUAUUCAGAAGGCUGCUUUCUAAAACAAAUGACUUUAUUAGAGAAUAUUAGGGCUAAAUAUUUUUUAACAUGUUAAAUUAUUGAACAUGUAGGCUACUCUGUCAACCAAUUCUGGAAAUGAACACUGAGAAAAUAAAGCAUGAAUAAAAAUAAGUAGCUAAACAUCAGUACUAUAAAAACUACAACUACUACAAAGUACUGCAUUAUAUACCAGGAAAGGAGGUUUUCAUAUCGGUGCAUAUCGGAUGACACAACAGUGAUACUGAUAUGUCUAAUAGGCCAAUACCGGACGAUAAUAUUGGCUCUAGUUUGAACAAAUUUGUACGCUUACCCUUGAAAAGAUGUUGGUAAAGCAAAUGCUUAAGCAGUACCAGGUGCAUUCGUACCAGCCAGUUCUUUUCUGUUUUGUCUGAUUGCUCACAAAAUCAAGAUUGUAUUUAUUUUUACCAUUGUGUGUUAUACGGAUGCACUGAUCCAGAGCUCUUUUUUUUACACCCAAAUUUAAAAUCUUACUGUGCAGAACUCACUGCAGUCAUUAUGUGAGGUUACACAAGGCCACGGAUUACUGUGGCACCUCAAACGGAGUCUGCUGCCUGCUGUAACUGAUAAUGGAAACACUGAAAGUAAUAAGGACAUUGACAAAGAAACUGCAUUUACUGUGGAUCGGUCACGCCUAAUAUGUUGGAUCAGUGCAUCUCAUGUGUGUUGUUGUAAUACAAAACCAUUAAUAAAUGGAGUCAGUUCUCCAGUA